UCAAACUCCUGGGCUUAAGCGAUCCGCCUGCCUCGGCCUCCCUAAGUGAUGGGGUUACAGGCAUGAGCCAUGCGCUCAGCCAAGUAUAGUAUUUACAGGUUUUGAGGCUGGGGACUGUACCACUGAGGUGGGAGGAGCUUGGACUGCGUGUUGUGUUGAGAACACAGAUUCUAGAGUUAAUUUCCCUGGAACACCGGUUACUUCUGUGACUCCGUUUCUUCUUCCAUCUGUAAACUGGAGAUGAUGAUGUAUAACUGUGUGACACAUGAUGAGUGCUACGUAAUAGUUUGCUACUGGUACAGUAUUACCUUUUUUUUUUCCCUAAUCCAGAUCCCAAACCUCGCUUUGUAGGUGCAGGUGCAGGAGAGAGGAGACCCAGAAGUUAAAUUCCUUCCAGUAACCCGCCUAAAGUGCAGGUCAAAGGACAGGAAGGAGAUUUAGGUGGUUUAAAAUCUCACAGCCGAGGGGAUUAAUGGAGGGGGGCGGGCAGGUGUGCAGGGUGGAGCCCUCCUGAUCCCAGGGCUGAAGGAUGGCGGCCCUGGCUCGUCAGCUGCAGAGUCUCCUCUGGACCGCUUGCAAGAAAAAAGAGUGGGAGAAGGAAGCGGAGGAGGAGGAGGAGGAGGAGGAGGCGGAGGCGGGGCGCAGGGCCCCCGAUGGGCCUCGGUCUCUGCUGACAGCGCCGCGGCGCGCCCAGCAGCCGCACGGGGGUGCCGCGGCGUCGUGGGGCCUGCGCUUUGGGGCGAGCGCAGCGCAGGGCUGGCGCGCGCGCAUGGAGGACGCUCACUGCACUUGGCUUUCGUUACCUGGUCUGCCCCCAGGCUGGGCCUUCUUUGCCGUCCUCGACGGCCACGGUGGGGCUCGAGCUGCCCGCUUCGGUGCACGCCACUUGCCAGGCCAUGUGCUCGAGGAGCUGGGCCCGGAGCCUGGCGAGCCCGAGGGCGUGCGCGAGGCGUUGCGCCGAGCCUUCUUGAGCGCCGACGAGCGCCUGCGCUCCCUCUGGCCCCACGUGGAAACGGGCGGCUCCACGGCCGUGGCAUUGCUGGUCUCCCCGCGGUUCCUGUACCUGGCGCACUGCGGUGACUCCCGCGCCGUGCUGAGCCGCGCCGGCGCCGUGGCCUUCAGCACCGAGGACCACCGGCCCCUUCGACCUCGGGAACGCGAGCGCAUCCAUGCCGCGGGCGGCACCAUCCGCCGCCGGCGCGUCGAGGGCUCUUUGGCGGUGUCGCGAGCGUUGGGCGAUUUUGCCUACAAGCAGGCUCCAGGGAGGCCCCCCGAGCUACAACUCGUUUCUGCGGAGCCUGAGGUGACCGCACUGGUACGCCAGGCGGAGGACGAGUUCAUGCUCCUGGCCUCUGAUGGCGUCUGGGACACUAUGUCUGGUGCUGCCCUGGCGGGAAUGGUGGCUUCGCGUCUCCGCCUGGGCCUGGCCCCAGAGCUUCUCUGCGCGCAGCUGUUGGACACGUGUCUGUGCAAGGGCAGCCUGGACAACAUGACCUGCAUCCUGGUCUGCUUCACGGGGGCUCCUAGGCCUUCUGAGGAGGCGAUCAGGAGGGAGCUAGCACUGGACGCAGCCCUGGGCCGUAGAAUCGCUGAACUGUGUGCCUCUGCUCAGGAGCUCCCCAGCCUGAACACAGUUUUCAGGACUCUGGCCUUAGAGGACAUCCCAGAUUUACCUCCUGGGGGAGGGCUGGACUGCAAGGCCACUGUCAUUGCUGAAGCUUAUUCUAAGUUCUGCCAGGUCUCAGAAGAGUGCAGAGAGAACGGGCAGGAUGGGGCUGGGAAGCCCACUGCCACAGAUUUGGGCUCUGCCUUAGACAUGGAGGCCUGACAGCUGUUGUCCUUUAGGGAUCCUUUGCUCCACUGGGGCCUCAACAGAACUAAAGAAGAAAACGGACCCCUUCUCCAGCCACAUGUACCAGCGGAAGGAAGGCAGGCCAGUAUAGGAACCCAACAUGCUUAUUUCUCCUUCUCUUACUUCCCUCUCACAGAUAAGUCUUACGAGAGGGGAAAUUCCACCAUCACCCACACUAAAAAGAAAAAAGCCCCAAAAGAAGAAAAAAAAAAAAAAAAAGCAACAAAAAACCCCCCAACCAAAAUGUUUUUGAAAUAUUCAGAGCUGAACAGAUUCUGAGAGAUGACCUAGUCCAAUAACCUCUUUCCUUCUUAUUAUUCAUCUGUUUUGGAGGGGAAGUAGAGUUUUGAUUAUUAAAUUGUAUUUACAUAAGUGAUUCCAAAUACAUUUUCUUGUAAA